AUUACCCAGAGUCCUGGUACCUGUGCCAAACCUGGAUGUCAUUUCUGGCCUUCACUGGGCAAUUUUAAAGGUUUCAACUCUGGGCUGGUGUUAAAGUAUCACCAACAGGUGUUACGGGGCUCUGGGUGUGUGCCAGCCAGGGCCACACCUUUGCUUCCGUUUCCGGCUUCCCUGGUUGGGCUCCGGGAGGAAAGGGAGAUGCUUCGGGUUGCACUCCUGCGUCUCAGUCACACAAUUGCUGCUGCUGGCACCAUGACUGGAGUGCCUACAGUCUCGUUCCCUGAACUACGCUCACUCCUAGCCUCAGGCAGGGCCCGGCUCUUCGAUGUUCGAUCUCGGGAGGAGGCAGAAGCUGGUACCAUCCCUGGGGCACUCAACAUCCCUGUGUCUGAGUUGGAAGCCGCCUUGACCAUGGACCCAGCUGCUUUCCAUGCUUUGUACAGUGCUGAGAAGCCAAAGCUUGAAGACAAGAAUCUUAUUUUCUUCUGUCAGAUGGGCAAGCGGGGAUUCCAGGCCACACAGCUGGCACAAAGUCUUGGGUACACAGGGGCUCGAAACUAUGCUGGGGCCUAUAAGGAAUGGCUGGAGAAAGAGAGCUAGGUAGAAGGCUUAGUGGUUGUGAUCCUUCUCAUGCCCACCUGGCUGGGUUGGACAAGUCCUUGUUGUGCUGUGCACAUAAAAAAAAAACCUCAAAUAAAGAGCAUUUAAUCAA